AUGGUGGAUUCAUGGGAGCGCGAUCUCAAACUUUCCAAAACGGCUUGCUAUCCUACCGGCUGGCUCACUUGCAGUGCUGUCGCUCUCGCUGUGUGCGAUCUUCCUGCCGCUCGUCACCUCGCUUCUUUGGCUGGAACAGGUAGCCACUUUUAUUGCAGCGCAUGCAACUGCUACCACAAGACCACCUAUGGUAGAGUGGACUUCGAGCAUUGGGAACUUCGGGAUAAAGAUAGACUACGGGAGUUUGCUGAGCAGUGGAGGGAUGCUGCGAUGACCUCCAAACGUGGGAGGCUAUUCAAAGAUCAUGGUGUCCAUUAUUCAGAGCUGUGGCGUUUGCCAUACUGGGAUCCUUCACGCCAGCUUGUUAUUGAUCCAAUGCAUUGCAUAUUGGAAGGUUUGGUCCAGCACCAUACCCAUAACCUUCUCAGCUUGACUACAAAGGAACACCGGUUUGUGUCUCCAGAUGUGCUCAUUCGUGUUCAAGACGUUAUCCAGGAGAUGACUGUUUCAACUUGGUUUGGUUCAGUCCCGAGUAAUUUUGGAAGCACAUCUGCCGGGACAAUCAAGGCUGACGAGUGGCGCUCACUAAUCACUGUCUACAUUCCCAUCGCCCUUAUCAGUUUGUGGGGGGCUGACACCUCGCAUCCUUCCGAUGAAGUCGGAACUCUCCUUAGAACCAUUCUCGAUCACACGAUGGAACUUGUUUGUGCAGUAUAUCUCGUGUGUGCCCGAACAGCAACCACAGAUAGAGCACAUGCUUAUCGUUCCCACAUCGCACGUUAUGUCGCAAAUUUGACAAAGAUACACCCCACCUUCGCUCUGCGUCCGAAUCACCACGCCACCUUCCACAUAUAUGACUACUUACUUCUAUUUGGACCUGCCCACUCUUGGUGGUGCUUUCAUUUUGAACGUUUAAUCGGAAUACUCCAGCGUCUUCCAGUUAAUCACAAGUCAGGUGAGUCGUUAUGGAGCGUCAGUUAG